AUGGCUCCGCAGCCGUCGCCCUUCCUAGACCCAGGUCCCGUCUCCGCGCCCAACAGUCUCGGAAUCCUCCAAUUGCGGCGCGACCACCUCAUUCCCGCCAUCCUCUCGACAUCCGCAGACUCCGACUACGCCGAAGGCAAAGUAGAGAACACGCGCUUCGGCUCGUUCCCGCACAGCACUCUUCUCCAUAAACCGUGGGGCACGCAAAUCCUCGCCUCCGUCAUCGACACCGGAUCCCGGAGCUCAAGGUCCAAGAAGCGGAAGCGCGAAGCCGGAGAUGUGGGUGAUGAGGAAGCGGGAACUCCGAAGGAGGAGGGAAGCGGUGGUUUGGUGAGGGCAGCUACGGCAAGCAGUGGGUUCGCGCACUUGAUACCGCCGAGCCCGGAGACGUGGACGUUGUGUCUGCCGCAUAGGACGCAGGUUGUCUACACGCCGGACUACAGCUAUAUACUACAGCGAUUGCGGAUUCGACCGGGGGACCACAUCAUUGAGGCUGGUGCAGGAAGUGGAAGCUUUACACAUGCGGCAGUAAGAGCAGUGUUCAAUGGAUACGUUGAACAAGAGGAGACUUCCGACGGAAAUGCUGCUGGUGCGGCCGCUAGAAAGAGGCGGAAGCGCAAUGGCCAUGUCUACAGCUUCGAGUUUCACGCCCCGAGGGCGAAGCAACUCCGGGAUGAGCUAGAAGAGCACGGUCUCAGCCAGUUGGUCACGGUGACAAAUCGCGACGUCUACCAGGACGGGUUCUGCUUAGAGAACGCCACGGAACCUGACGCCGAUGCGAUAUUCCUCGACCUUCCAGCUCCAUGGCUCGCCCUGAAACACCUUACCCGCUCCCCUCCUUCGCAGGCAGUGAUCAAGUCUGUAGCCUCGGAAUCCAACACGCCAGCAGCAGAUACUACGGAGCAGCAUAACCCCCAGAAGCCUUUUCGCUCACCCCUCAAUCCUCAAAAAGCCGUUCGCAUAUGCACCUUCUCCCCGUGCAUAGAACAAGUCACGAAAACCGUUUCCGCCAUGCGCGCCUUGGGCUGGCUCGAAAUCGGCAUGGCAGAAAUCCAAGCGAAGCGUCUCGAAGUUCGCCGCGAGCGCGUUGGCCUCCAGGAAGAAGGGCUCCGUGGGGCCAAUCCCAACGCCGCCACCGUGCAAGAGGCCGUUCAACGCCUACGAGACGUCGAAGGCCGGGCCAAGAUUUUCCACGGGCUGCAGAAGGAGAAGCAAGAGGAAGUGAUGCGGAGAGCCGAGGCGAAGAAGCGGGGAGAGAAAGUGCCUUCGCUCAAGGAAGAGCGGGAGGCAGCAAAGACCAAGACCAAGGUAUCUGAUAUUGAAAGGGUGCCGCCGUCGAAGCACGACCGACUGGAACGGGCGAAGCGGGAGUUGGAGAAGAGAGAGCUGUUCAAGGAAGGCCGGCUGGUGCACAGGACGGAACCCGAGUUGAAGACACAUACAUCUUACCUUGUCUUCGCUGUCUUGCCGCGGGAGUGGAGCAGGGAGGAUGAAGCAAAGGCAGCGGCCCGGACGUGGACAUGA